UUCAGGGGACCACCCCAAACCUUCGUGCUGCCUCGCGCUUGCCAGGGAGAGCUCGUGCGACUCGGAUCGUUCUGUUAUGAGCUUGGACUGAACAGGAACGUUACUUGCACGGCAGUUCCCCACCUGAAAAGUCUACAAAUACGUAUUUUAACUGAGUUUAGAAAGAAGAAGGAUAAUACAAGGGGAAACUGCAGAUGUGUUGCUGUGCAGGACCGAGGAACAGGAGAGAAAAUCCAGCCCAUAUUUCUGGAUUGCACAUGUAUGCACAAAUUGGCGAGGAUCCUGAAUUGAUUUCUGGAGAGGCACUAGAAAGUUCCAAAAGAUGACCCAGUCUGUGCACAUAAACACCAAACUGCCAAAUCUUGGUGCCCCUUUUCACUGUGCCUCUCAAGAAGAAAUGGAUCACAGUGGAUCCUAUUCUGUACAGACUCCAUAUGGAUUCCAGCUGGACCUUGAUUUCCUCAAGUAUGUGGAAGAAAUAGAGAGUGGCCAGAGUAUGCGCAGGGCUAACAUGAGCCCACGGAGAUCUAUACGGGGUGACAGAACCUGUCAGAGGAGCGCAGGGGGUCGUACUAGUGGCUGGACAUCUACUGAGUCGCUGGCAUCCUCGACUAGCGAGGAUGGUCGGUCUGUUCCUCCACCUCUUUCUCGAAGCCACAUUGUGUCAUGCAGCAAGUCCCAACCGCUUUCACCAACUGCAGUGUUCAGCCCCACGCUGCCAACUGUUGUAAAGGUGCCACCUCCGCCACCACCCCGUAACCCUAGGGUGGAAAGAACACUAUUGGAAACAAGCCGUAGACUGCAGCAGGACCAGAGUCUGUUGCCAAAUGGUUUAGGCUCUCCUCUCGUUGACCUUCAGAAGGUGAGCAUCAAAGAUGGAGGAUGCAGUUCAUCAAUGCCCUCACUGUUUUCUCCAGAUGUUCACCUGCUACAGAUGUCACCUUCUGUGCAGAAUUCUUCUGUUGGUGGCUGGCCCAGACUUAGUCCUGAGAACUCUGGGAGAAGCACCCCAGCCUCCAUUUCUGGAACACCUUCAUUUCCCCCAGGCCAGCUUCAGACGGUUCGAGAACAGAUGGCUGCAGCCCUCAGGCAGCUCCGAGAGAUGGAGGAGAAAGUGAAGAGUGUACCAGCCCUAGAGAGGGAAGUGGCCAUGCUCAGGAAUGAAAAGGACAGGCUGCUUCUGGCCCUUGAAAAUAAAACGACUGAACUCGGUGCUGUAGUCAAAGCACAGAGCUCUGGUAAGGCAGUGGGAGGUGCAGUCGAACCUGCAGACCUAUCUCAUCAUCCUGGUCAAGAGAGGAAGUCCAGUAAAACACUAAAGGAAAGUAUGAUGGUGGAGAAAAGGUCUGUCUCAGUAGGUAAUGAGGUGCCUCUUGAAGCAGUGGUGGUUUACUGUCGCCAGGAUGCUAAAGAUGCAGCUGUGGAAGCGGCUAUUGAUGUCUGUCAUAAAGGUAUGGAGACUGAGGUGAGGUCCGUGCGAGAUGCGGUAGUUCAGGCCAAAGUUCAGACAAAUGAAACAUCUGCCUGGGUAAUGGAAUCUUUACUUGGACUGUCAAGUGAAGCUGAACAAAAAAUUGACAACCUAGAGCAGACCAUCAGAUUUCAGCAAGAGUCGAUCCAGAUUCUUGAGACACGUUUAACUCAGGCAAAUCAGGACAUGGAAGAGUUUAAGGCACAGGAAAUGGAGAGGACGUCAAAGAUCUUGUUAGAAAAAGAGACACUUGCCAAACCAGAGAUGACCGAUGCUCUGGUAGAAACUGAGCUUUGUUCGAAAACCUCUGUAGGAGUGGGGGUUUCAGAUGCAGACUUUGCAAUCACAAAAACUGACCAAAGCAUUCAAACGGAUUCUCUGGAAAGCUCAAAGGAAAAGACUCAGGUAAUACAGGUUAGCACAGGUAUCCAAUGGGAGAAUUUACACAGUGCUGAGACGCACGACAAUCAAGAACAGGCCAUCUCGGCAGAGGUAGAAGCUACAGGACCCCUGAAAUCUAUCAUGAAGAGAAGAGAUGCAAGUGGCUCGAGUGUUGUUUGCAGCAGUGGCAAGAAGAGCUUGAAAUUCGUAGGGAUACUUAAUGGAGGGUAUGAGACAACCUCUAGUGAGGAGGAGGAAGAGGAUAAUGAAGGAAGCUCCUCUGAUGGAAGUGCAGCUGAUGGCUGCUCAGACAGCAGUGAGGAAGAGGAAGCGGCCCUGGAGGACACGUCUGAUGAAGAAAGAAACCUCAAUUUGGAUGACACUGAUAGUGAAGAAAACACACCAGCUGUAGAAAACAUCAAAGAGCAAGUCGAAGUGGUAAAAGAAAAGUUUGAGCUAAGUUCAAAAAUGCGUGAAGCUUGUCUCAUUUUGAAGAACCACCUGAAUGAUACUGGCAAAGCAACAAAGAGUAAAGAGCUGCUAUCUAGCACCCACACUGUGCAGCUGGAAUGGUUCCGUGUGUCCAGUGCAAAGACAGCCCAGCCGUCUCGGGUCUCCAACUACAUGAUGGCUUUCUCUGAGAUCUCCCCUGCCCUUCUGGGCCACGUGGUCAACAUGACCGAUGGCAACGGCAAUACAGCUUUGCAUUAUAGCGUCUCGCACUCCAAUUUUGCCGUGGUGGGCCUGCUCCUUGACACAGGUGUGUGUAACGUGGAUCAGCAGAACAAGGCUGGCUAUACUGCUGUGAUGCUGGCAGCAUUAUCAGCAGUGAAAGAAAAGGAUGACAUGGUGGUGGUUAAGAAGCUAUUCAGUCUGGGCAAUGUCAAUGCCAAGGCAAGCCAGGCCGGCCAGACAGCCCUCAUGCUGGCCGUGAGUCACGGAAGGCAGGAGAUGGUGCAGGCGUUGCUUGAGUGUGGCGCCAGCGUGAAUGUCCAGGACGAUGAGGGCUCCACGGCCCUCAUGUGUGCCAGCGAGCACGGCCGUGCCGGGAUCGUCUCCGUGCUGCUGGAGCAGCCAGCCUGCGACAUCUCCAUCGUGGACAAUGAUGGUAGCAACGCUCUCUCCAUUGCCCUGGAGGCGUCCCACAACGACAUCGCAGUGCUGCUUUAUGCCCACAUGAAUUACUCAAAAUCGCAGGCAGAUGUAUCACCAAAAGGAAUACCUCGGAGUCCGUCCAGCCCUAGCAAGACAUGGCCCACUGAGUAAUGGCUUUCAUAAUCCAAACAAAUAAAGUUAUUAGCAGGUCUAACCACUCCUACUGGAAACUAACAUGGUUUAUAUAACACGUUUACAACAAGUGAUAUUUUAUACAGUAUGUCAGCCAUUUGGUUCAUAUGCAGUUAUGACAUUUCAUACAUUUUGCUGCAAUUAUUAUUGCUUUCAACUACGUUCACAUUCAUUUUGGUGUGUAUAAUAGAUGUAUCUCUCUAAAUGGCUUUAAAGGUAUUCAUGUGGAAAGAGGUUUAUCCUUUUGGUUGUCCCUUCCAAAUGCUGUGAUCAGGUCGUUUUAAUUGAAUCAUAGCCUUUGUCUGCUGGGCAUGGCCAGCUUGGCAUACACAGGAUGUUUCUCAUGCGUUUUACAGCCAUUUGGAUUAAUACACGGCAAAAGUGAGGCUAGUGAGGCCUUAAAUGAUUCAUACUGAACGCAUUUCAGAAUGACAAUUGUGCAUUUGUGGUUGUUUCUCGCUACGGACCUAUUGAUUAUGUGUAUAUAUAAUUUAAUAAUAGAAAAAUUGUUGGUGCACUACAAAACUGCUUUAAAACUUGACUCAGUUAAGCGAUAAUUUUGCAUAUUUUGCUUGGGCAAUUCAGUAUUUUAUGACAUUUGUCAUAAAACCUAACCAAAGGACAGUGUGUGAGUGGCUGGAAAACACCAUCAUAGUACAUUAAAACAAACAAACCAAAAAAACCCCCCCAAAAAACACUUGUCCAGGCACAUAGAAAUGGAGUGAAUGAGGAUGUAAAAGUUCCUUCUGAUGCAUACAUUACUCAGGUAAGAAACACACACAAUAUAUAAUGAAGAUAAAGUAUGCCAUGACUAGUGCAAUCUGUAAUAUAUUCAGCAUGCUUAUAUUGAUGCAUGUUGGCCUCUCAUUGAUUUAAGACCAGUCCUGUUUAUUUUUUGUAACAAGUUGGUCCACAAUUUGAGUGUUUGGUAGGGAGAUCCGUUUCUGUGUCUACAUCCCCUGGCUGGGUUGAGUUUGAGUAAUAAAUUCUUAGACAGGAUCCACUUGUCUUCCUUUACCUGUGCACGCUGCAAGACACUCAUAUAUAGCCAGGGUUUCAGGACCAGGUCUUGAUAUUAAUAUAAUCAAAAUCAUUAAAAUAUAAAAUGCAAAGCCAGUUCUUGCAUACCAACCUCAAUGCCAUUUUCCCCUUCAAAUAAGUAGUGGGAAAUCCACUUUGCAUAGAGAAGAGGAACUUCCAAACCAUCUCACAUAGUUCAUUUGUGCCACCUAGGGGAGUACUCGCACAUGGCCUUCUCUGCUGAAUCAUGGGAGAAUGUACCAUCAAACUUGUACAGGGUCAAUUUUCCUGGAAUGUAUUACAGACUACACUACAAGCAAAACCAGCAUGCAUUGUCGGUCAGAUAGAAAUAAGCAGUACAAUAUUUUAGAAACCAAAUGGCUUCACAUCAUCGACUGUUUUGAAUUCAGAAUUUCUUUUAAUCCUGUUUUGACGAAAGCAUCUUGGUGAUGACAGCUGUAUCGUUAGAUGGCGUUGUGUAAACACAAAAAAGUUAUUAAAAAGUAAUUGUGCUAAUCUAACACUGUCUUAGCUAACCCCGCCCACAGCUAAAAGGCCACCCCAUGUAAACUUCAGCUUGCUGUAUUAAGUGAGAGCCUUAAUUAUGAAAUUGGUUCAAGGACAUUGGCCCGGUUAAACUCCAUGUGACUUGUGGAAAGGAGAGAACUGAUGCAGUAUUUGAUAUCUCACUGUCUCUUCUGCUGUAACUUACCACAGUAGUCCUAUUUUAUUCAGUAUUUCCAUGAAUUGUGUCUCACCCAACAUUGUUCCCCUUCUCUAUAACAUGUUACUAUUAUAUUGCUAUUUUGCAUUUAUGUGCCUGGAGCUGCUUAGCUACCUUAAAACACACAAAUAAAGUUUUUAUUAAAUAAAGGCUGUAUUUUCUUAAUCCAUCACAUUUUGUAGAGUUCUGUAAACAAGUCUGGCCCUCCUGACCCUGGUUUACCAUCUCUUCUGUGUUCUUCUUCGGCAUUGUGCAGAUGUAUUUAACACCUGCCGUACAAGACUGAACAGUUUAUGAAGAAUAUGCAUGACUUCUGUGCCAUUUGGAUCAAUGUAAUCAGGUUCACCUACCAUUAGUAGAGUUAGUGGUAGUUUUAAAGAUAGUUGCAAGAUCAGUGGUCUUCUACUUCAGUAGGGUUACUAAAACUUAGGUAGAGGGUGCAGGUCCUACAUCACAAAAGCACAAACUGUCAUUCUUCAUCAGUGUUCUUUUUGGCCUUUUCAUUUAACACAUAUACAUUUAAAUACUACAACAACUACACUAUAAAGACACACACACACACGCUAGAUAUAUUAUUUAAGUCAUGGGUGACAACCACCUGAUUAAAUCACCACUGAAUUGCAGUUAUUUAAUGAGUUUCUACAUAUCACACCACUUAUAAAAGAAUUGGAAUUCAUAAAAAAUAUGUUCCUUUAAUAAUACACACUUAAAAUAUGAACUGCAGGUAGUAGUGUGAGGUGUCUUUAUGCGAGAGCCGUCGUGAGCGGCUACGAAGGUGACAAUCCAGUUUGCACAUAAGCACAACUGUACUUGCAAAAUAGAAAAGCUUGCUUUAAGUUAAAAUGAUCUGUUAACCAGGAGAUAAGAGCAUUUCUGUAUGGGAGGGGUAAUUUCAAUGUGAAUUCUGUUAAGCCAUUAACAGGAAAUAAAAAAAUAAAGACAUUUUGGCAACUUAA